UCCAGCCCGCACAGCGCGAGCCCCUCUAUCAAUAAGAGGAUCAAGUUUAUUAUAGAACAAAUUCUGGAUUUUCUCCCUUUUUUAUUAUUUCUUUGCACUGGAAACGACUUUCAGGAGUUCCGAUGGACGAUCUGGACGCUCUCCUGGCUGAUCUGGAAAGUUCCGCCUCUCCUCUCGCCCGUGUCCCCGUCCUCCUGACCUCGGAACCUCCGGUGACUGCCAACAGCUCGCCCACUGCUGGCCAAGACUCCACCCAAAAUCGACCUCCUCCGCCCGCGUACACGCCCCAGCAGACUGUUUCAGCCGCCAUGAAGUCCAACGGCUCUCAGAACCCAGACAAGCUUUACAGUACGGUGUGUAAGCCUCGUUCUCCACGUUCUCCAGAUCCUCCUCCUGCGUUCUCCUCCUCCUCCGUGUUGGGCGGCGGCCUCAGUGAACUCGACCACCUACUGCAGGAGCUCAAUGCCACCCAGUUUAACAUCACCGAUGAGAUUCUGGCGCAGUUCCCCACAACUAAGAAAGAGGAUAAAGAAAAGUCAUCCAAGCCUGCUAACGCCUCUACUGGCUCGGUGAAACCGUCGGCCACGUCGGCCACUUUGGAACUGGACAAGCUAAUGGCAUCAUUGUCAGAUUUCCGUGUGCAGAGUGCACCGGUGUUUCAGGCCAAUCCUCCGCCUUCGCAGCAACCGUCAGCCCCACCACCAUCCUCCUCUGGCGGCUCAUUGGACAGCAUGCUGGGCCUCCUCCAGUCAGAUCUGAGCAGACAGGGAGUGUCCACUUCCUCCAAAGGAAACUGCUCUGCAUGUCAGAAACCGAUUGUGGGACAGGUGGUGACAGCGCUCGGGCGAGUUUGGCACCCUGAACACUUUGUGUGCUCCGAGUGCGAGUGUGAGCUGGGCAACCGCAACUUUUUUGAGAAGGAUGGACGACCGUACUGCGAGCCGGAUUACUUCAGCCUGUACUCACCACACUGUGCUCAGUGUAAUAAACCUAUUCUUAAUAAAAUGGUGACAGCGCUGGAUAAAAACUGGCAUCCUGAGUGCUUCUCCUGCGUUAAAUGCAGCCGAACCUUCGGAGAUGAAGGUUUUCAUGAUCGUGAGGGGCAGCAGUACUGCCAGCAGUGUUUCCUGGCUUUGUUUGCAUCCCGCUGUGAAGGAUGUUCUCAGCCCAUCGUGGAGAACUACAUCUCUGCUCUGAACGUGCUGUGGCAUCCUCAGUGCUUCGUCUGCAGGGAGUGUUUCAGCCCGUUUGUGAACGGAAGCUUCUUUGAGCACGAAGGCCAGCCACUGUGUGAGGUUCACUACCACCAGUCCCGGGGCAGCAUGUGCCAGGCGUGCCAGCAGCCCAUCGUGGGGAGGUGCGUCACCGCCAUGGGCGCCAAAUUCCACCCCCACCACCUGGUGUGUCACUUCUGCCUGAAACCGCUGAGCAAAGGCUGCUUCAAGGAGCAGGACAACAAACCGUACUGCCACCCGUGCUUCCUCAAACUGUUCGGCUGAACACCAGCGUGUGGGGCUCGAGCUCCAGUACAGUCAGAAUCUCCUGCUUCAUUUCACAAGAAAACAUAGAAAACAUAUCUCGUGUGCUAAAGAACAAGUGAAAAUGAGAAAUAAUGGAAAUUAAAUGAUUUUUUAAACAAUGUUGCUUAUCAUGAACCUAAAACCAUGUGUUAUUUUAUAUGAAGAAGUUUUUUUAAAGGAAACUUGUUAUAUAAAUAAAUUGUUUAAAUGCUGUUCUGUAACAGCAAUAAGUGAUUGCUGUUAAAGUGACCCGACAAUCCUGGAUGUUUUAUAAGCCUGACAGAAUUUUGCCUGAAUGAUUUUUUAAAUAGGUUCAGUUUCAAUUGAAUAUGAAGUAGAUUUUUUUAAAACAAAGAGCUGAAAAUAAAAUGGUUUUGUUUAAUAUAUUUGCUUCAUGCAGCAUAUCGUCACUGCUUUUGCAUACUUGUUAUAGAUUUUAUAUUUUGUUUUUUUGUUUUUUUUUACCAGCAGUGAGAGAUGUAACAAAGUGCCAAAGAUUUUUUAAAUGUUUACGCUUGCUGUUAUGCAUUUCUCACUCAGAUAAGCCGUGUUUUUGCUGUUGAUGCCAAAC